UCUAUAUAUUCCUUCGUGCCGAAGGAUUCGGAAAUAUUUCUUCAAGUCAUUACGAUCACAACAAUCUGCUUCGAUACUCCGCUAUCGCCUCCGCUAUCGCCUCAGUGGGUGUUCGAAGUUUUUACAAAGUUGAAGACUUGGCUAAAGGGUUUUUGCUUACACAAUGAAACAAAGACGACUGAACUCCAAAUUUGCACUUAGGAAGGUAAAUAUUUUUAUUCCCUUUAAGCAAUUUGAAAAAAAUUGAAUCUUUUCCAUAUAAUAAUAAUCAUAAAGCUUCUUUUCUCUUAAUCCUCAUUUUCUCGCUAAAUUAUUAUGUGUGAUGAAUUAUUGUGCGUUUGCUUGGUUGUUUUCUCCUUAUUCGUCCUCACUAUGUUAUGUGGUUUGAAAUAAUCAGUGCAAAGAGAGGGUUAGUUUUCUCCUUAUUUGUUUUACCUAAUUUCUCAUGUUUGUGUUCAAUUCAAUUUUAUUAAUUUAUACUAAUUGUCCUCACUAUGUUAUUUGGUUUGCAAUAAUCACUGUAAUGGGAGGAGUAAUCACUCUGAAGAGAGUUCAACGGCUUGAGUUGAAUCUUAAACGAUUACAUAGUAAUAUUCCGGAAGGGCAUUACAAUUUAUCAUCUAUGCGGUCACUGGAUUUUUCGAGACUUGAAUCACUAACUGCAAUCCGUUUCACGUAUGUGGAUGUGACUGCAGAAUGCCUUGAAUGUUUUUUUAUCAAGCUGUCCAUUUCUUGAAGAAGUAUCUGUUGAUAACUCGGCUUGUGUAGUCAAUCUCAAAGUUUAUGGUCAAUCACUCAAGCAUUUGAAAAUAGCGUACUGUUGGUUUUUGGAAGACAUUGAGAUUUCUGCGAAAAAUCUGGUGUCACUUGAAUAUUUUGGUCAUCAAAUAAACUUGUGUUUCAAGAGUGCAUGCCAUCUUUCUAAACUAUGCCUGUGGGAUCAGUUUUGCAAAUUUAUGAUUUAUAGAGAUAGGUUUUCCCAGUUUUCAAGCUAUAUCUCUCAGCUGCAGACACUUGUAUUGAAGUUGGAUCACGAGGUAUUUGAUAAAUUCCCCAAAUUUCCUGAAUUAAGGAAUCUAAAGCAUUUGACAUUGAAGGUGGAUUCAUACCUUAUCAGUAGCUUCCUUCCUUGCAUUUCCCUCAUAGAGGCAGCUCCUUGUUUGUAUAGAUUUUCUAUCGAGGUUUUUUAUGGGAAGAUUGAUUGUCCUGACAGCUACCUUUUGCAAGGGAAGGUGGUACAAAGAAUGGCUGAGAAACGUCUGCUCAAAUGUCCCAAGGUGGUAGAAUUGGUUGGAUUUACUGGCCAUGAGGUUGAUGUUGAGCUCGCCAUGUACUUAUUUGAGAAUCUUGUCUCGCUAGAGAAGAUAAAUAUUGAUACACGCCAACCAAAUUUGAUAGGAACUGAAAAUGAGAAUGUGGAAGAUGAGAAUUGACUAGCGGCGAAAAUGUGUGCUAUGGGACUGCAAUCAAAAUUACCUCGAGGGGUUGAACUAAUGAUACUUUGAAGGAGGGACAGGCCCCUCUUUAACUGUUACAACAUGUAAGAUUUUGUAUGGUGGACAAAUGAUGAGAAGUUGUUAUAACUUGUAUAUAAUAUGUAAUAAAGUAUUUGCAAAAUCAUUUAUCAUUUAAA